CUGGGCUGAUUAGAGGGCAGUUGAGCUGGAAGGAGAUCCAUGGAAAGUCAAGGCUAGAAGUUUCUCCUGAUUGAGAUUUCUGUUGUUGUUCUCCUUUGUAGCUUUUUUAAUUAUUGCUCUUUUUAAAAAAUAUUACUCUGCCUUGAAUCCUACCUGACUUGGUCUCCUGUUGAAUUGGCUUUGGACUAUAAAUAUGACUCAAUUGUAACAGGAUUGUUUUCACACAAGAGGGGCAAGGAUAACAAGUCUUUUCCCCCCUGCUGGCUUUCCUGUGAGAUGCGCCGCAGAAAUUCUCUGGCAAAGACUGAAAAAGGUUAAAGCUUGGAAUCAUUGUUCCCCAGCUGGUCUUUCGCUUUCCCAUGCUUAUUGAAGUGGGGGAGGUCUUCCAAAGAGGACUAGCUUCAGAUGAAACAACAGACCCAUCCCUGAACACUCUUAGACUCCAUUGUCAUGCUCUUAGACUCCAUUGUCAGAAUAGAAUUCAUCUGGUAUUGGUUGGAUGAAGCUGACAGGUGGAUUGAGUAUGGGAAAAAGCAUUUGGAGCACUGUGCUGCCACAGUAUCAUCAGAAGAAUUGGAGGCUGCUUACCAGGCAGACCACAGAGGCGUUGUCUUCUUCCAUGCUGGUACUCAGCUGUAUGAAGUAAAUUUCCAAGAGAUGUUCCAGAGAAACCUGUACUACCGAACCCGGAGAAGAGUCUGCAGGUGGCCCAAGCUUGUGCUCUUUGGAGGAGGACGUGACAAUGAGAUGGGUCGUUUUGAGUCUUCUCUUCCCACCCCCUUGUUUCCUUCAAGCUGGGACCAAUCAGCAUUGCCUAAUGUAGGCUAUAAGCUGGUGGAGAUCUCUGAUUCUGCUGAAGAAUACAAUGAAAUUAAGGAACUCUUUCAGAAGACCAUGGAGGGUUAUGUUAUCCACCGACUCCAAAGGAUUCAGAACCCGUCUCUUUGGCAAGUCUUCCAGUGGCAGAAAGAGCAGAUGAAGAAGAUGAAUGGGGGGGACAAGGUAGACGAGAGGUUAUUGUUCCAUGGCACCAGCAAACACCAUUUGCAUGACAUCUGUGGGCAGAACUUUGACUGGAGAAUCUGUGGCACCCAUGGGACUCUCUAUGGAAAAGGAAGUUAUUUUGCCAGAGACGCCAGUUACUCACAUGCAUAUUGCCAAUCGGAUACCCACAUCAGGAGCAUGUUUGUAGCUAAAGUUCUGGUUGGAGAUUAUGUUCAAGGAAAUCCUGCUUACCUCCGCCCUCCAUCGAGAUCUAACCAAUCGAACAACUUUUAUGAUAGCUGUGUGGACAACGUUCUUGAUCCUUCUAUUUUUGUCAUCUUUGAGAAGUAUCAGAUUUACCCAGCGUACAUAUUUGAGUAUCAGCCAGUGUCCCAUUGUGUGGUCAUGUAAAGGGCAGCAAUCUUCCUCUCCUCCUCCUCCUCCAAACAUGGACUUGAAAUCCUUUUUUAUAUAUCUAAAACUUUAACAAUUUCUUAUUUAAAAGGCUACUGUGACUUAUUUUACUUCUGCAUAUUAAAAACGUUAAAUGUUACAAGUGAACAACCCAUAUUCUUAGCUGGAUUGUAGGCAUUGCUUAAAGGUUACUGGAGCUGAAAGGU